AUGGCAAUUAUUAAUCAUUUAAAUAUAUUGGUCAUUGGUGGAUGUUUUUUACUACUACUUCAAUUUGCCACUGCUCAAGAAACUUGCGUCAAUAGAUUUCAACGUUUUUGUGUCACUGAAGGUGAUAGUUGCAAGCCAGUUUAUGGUGAAUCCACUUAUUAUUGUGUAGAUGGAACCUAUUGUAAUGAGUUAAACUAUAAGUGUGAAAAAUCAAGUGAUGAAGGUGAAGUUUGUUCAAGUACUGGUACUAUUAUUCCUUGUAAAGAAUGGCUUAAUUGUUUGGAUGGAAUUUGUGUUGAAACUGGUUAUGCAAACGUUGGUGAAAAAUGUACUGAAGACUAUCAGUGUAAUGAUGUUAAACUACGUUGUGCUAGUAAUGGUCAAUGUCAAAACAUCGAUACUGAGUGUUCGUCAUCCAAAGAAUGCUCCUAUUUCAACUAUUGUGGUGGAUCAGUUUGCAAACCAAGAGUAGAAAAUGGACAACCUUGUGCUUCACUUUUAGGUUUAGAUGCUCCCUGUUUACCCAACUCUAUUUGUAACAAGGAUAUAGGCAUAUGUAUUCCAAAUUACUCACUUCAAUUAGAUGCUAAUUGUUCAACUUCCAUUGCUUGCGAUGUUUCACAAGGUCUGGAAUGUGAUGGUGACUCUGAUUCAUGUGGCUAUGCCAACUUUACCAAGACAUUGACUCCAUCAAAUAUUAACUGUACUUUUGAGGACUGCGGCGAAAUAGAAGAGAUGUGUUUAUGCACAGAAGACCGAUACACGGGAUUCUGCCAUCCAAAAGAUCCACUCACCGAGUCCCAAAUCAAGAAGUGUGGAAGUUCAACCAAAGAAUUUUCUGAUUGUGUCGCCAAACAUGAAUGUGCUUACGAGCACGCUGAUACCACACCAUCUUCAUGUCAUUUGACCCACUGUGCUUCAUCUUUCUGUGCAAUGAAACUUAAUUGUGAUUGGGACUUUAACUCUCAAACAUUUGGUAAAGGUUGUUCCGGUGCUGCCCUUCUUGAAUACCAAGCAACCUGUCAACACCUUGGUUAUUCAACUGGAGGUUCACCAUCUCUCACUAUUCCAUCUUUAUUGAUGUUGUUGUUAUUUAUUGCCACUACUACUACUACUACUACUACUACUAUUUUAUCAUUUUAA